UAUGGCAUUCGGAUACGACUCAUUGAGAAUUCAGAUUCAACACAAAAAUUUAAUAAAAUGGUUAAUUAAUUUACCAUUGUUUAUUUUAUCUUUAUGAAAUAGUGUAUGUUAGUGUCGAUGUUUAUCUGAAACUUUGUCGCAAGUAGAUUGUUUACUCCAAAAUGAUCAGAAAUAUUACAAAAAUAACAAAUCUGUGUCUGAACUGCAACAAAUUUGUAACACUGCCUGAAACAUCUGCUGUGUUUAAAAGAAGUUACUGCUACCUGAGCCAGUUUGACCCACCGUAUUUAAAAAGUCUUAAACCUGAAAUUCCUGAAUACGGACCUGUUAAUAUACAAAUGAAAGGCUAUGAUUUUGCUCUUUUGGAAAGCUAUCAGAGUUUUGUUCAUCGAAUUGCCAAAACAAUGGAAAUCGAAGUGGAAGAAGGAUGGGCUACUCCUGCUACAAUUUCAAAAAUUAAGAAGUUCAAACCAAAUAGUAGCAACAUAGACUGUGAAUAUACAUUGUCACUUUACGAGCGUAAUGUUCAGGUAGUGGACGUUCCAUCGACUAAGAUGACGAUGUUUGUUGAGCUGGUUCAAGCAGCAUUGCCUCAAGGAAUUAGCCUCAGUGUACAUGAACAUCAACAAGAGCAUGAGGAGAUAAGAUACGUGCCAGACUACGAGCUAAAAGAGCUUAAAACACAAUUGGAAACAUUGUCACAAAAAAAGAAAUAGAACAACAUGUUAGUGUACAACUAGUAUUAAAGAAGAUUUGUGUUUAUUGUUGCAA